AUGGCAGGACUUGCACCUGAGGGAUCACAGUUUGAUGCUCGUCAAUAUGAUAACAAGAUGAAUGAGUUGCUUACAACUGAUGGACAGGAUUUCUUCACAUCCUACGAUGAGGUUUAUGAAAGUUUUGAUGUUAUGGGUUUGCAAGAGAAUCUCCUGAGAGGCAUUUAUGCAUAUGGUUUCGAGAAGCCAUCAGCGAUUCAGCAAAGGGGAAUAGUUCCAUUCUGCAAGGGACUUGAUGUUAUACAACAGGCUCAGUCUGGAACUGGGAAGACAGCAACUUUCUGCUCUGGAAUUCUGCAGCAACUUGACUAUAGUGUGACAGAAUGCCAAGCCUUGGUUUUAGCACCAACUCGGGAGCUUGCUCAGCAGAUUGAGAAAGUGAUGCGGGCACUUGGAGAUUAUCUUGGUGUUAAGGUGCACGCAUGUGUGGGAGGUACCAGUGUACGUGAAGACCAACGAAUUCUAUCAAGUGGUGUUCAUGUUGUUGUUGGUACUCCUGGGCGUGUAUUUGAUAUGCUGCGUAGACAGUCACUUCGACCAGAUUACAUCAAGAUGUUUGUAUUGGAUGAGGCUGAUGAAAUGCUUUCCCGUGGUUUUAAAGAUCAGAUCUAUGAUAUAUUCCAGCUGCUUCCAACUAAGAUUCAAGUGGGAGUUUUCUCUGCAACAAUGCCUCCUGAGGCUCUUGAGAUCACGAGGAAAUUUAUGAACAAACCUGUGAGGAUCCUUGUGAAGCGUGAUGAGCUCACCUUGGAGGGUAUCAAGCAGUUUUAUGUCAAUGUUGAUAAAGAGGAAUGGAAGCUUGACACUCUCUGUGAUCUUUACGAGACAUUGGCAAUUACUCAAAGUGUCAUUUUUGUGAACACCAGAAGAAAGGUUGAUUGGCUGACCGACAAGAUGCGCAGCCGAGACCACACAGUCUCAGCAACCCAUGGAGACAUGGACCAGAAUACCAGAGACAUUAUUAUGCGUGAAUUCCGUUCUGGGUCUUCCCGUGUUUUAAUAACUACUGAUCUUUUGGCCCGUGGUAUUGAUGUCCAGCAAGUGUCUUUGGUUAUAAAUUAUGAUCUGCCAACACAGCCUGAGAACUAUCUCCAUCGAAUUGGUCGUAGUGGGAGGUUUGGCAGGAAAGGUGUUGCUAUCAACUUUGUCACAAGGGAAGAUGAAAAAAUGCUGUAUGACAUCCAGAAGUUUUACAAUGUGCUAAUUGAGGAGCUGCCUUCAAAUGUUGCUGAACUCCUUUGA